GACACGCACGUUUUCUUCUUUGUUGUGUUCGAACGCUAUUAGGCGUCCUUUCUUGUUUUUGUGGUGGCACUAAUGGACUUUUGGUGUCGACACAGUCAGGAUUGCUGACAUGUUUGAAACUUUGACUAACUUCUUUUACCACUUUGAAGGCUUUCAACGUUUGAAGCGGCCGCGAGAGUCCGACGAGUGCGAUCGACCCAGCGAGGAAGCCAGCGAGGAACCUAAUGACUCAUGAAGUCACCACAGUGUAUAGGGUCAUGUUGGCGCAGGGGUGUCCAAACUUUUUCUACUGAGGGCCGUACCCUGAAAAAUGGAAUGAUGUGAUGUGGAAAGAGCCAAUAAAAAUAGCUGAGGGCCGCACUUUGAACAACCCUCUGUUGGAGUAUCAAGCGGUUAUCAGAGCAUCUUGGCUGCAGUUGCUGAGAUGAUGAGUUCACGGCACGGUCAGCGUCUUUAUCUGAAUAAGGGAGUCCAAAGAUGAGAAGAUUUUAUGGCAGAGCCGAGUUAAUUGCAGGAGGACGUUUGUACGCUGGAGGACUAUUCCCGAGAACGAGGGCCGACGGUGACCUUCAGCAACUUGCACUACUGUGUCCAAGAGAGCAGGUUCUGCCGGAGGAAAGGUCCGGUCAAGUUCAUCCUCAAAGAUGUCAGUGGCAUCAUUAGACCCGGGAUGAACGCCAUCAUGGGCGCCACAGGAAGUGGAAAAACAUCGCUUCUGGAUGUCAUUGCGGGUAGAAAAGAUCCCGCCGGACUUCGGCAAGGAAGUGUCCGUGUGGAUGGCACGCUGGUGACCUCUGACCUCAGGUUGAGUUCUGCUUAUGUAGUCCAGGAUGACAUCCUGAUGGGAACACUUACUGUCAGGGAGAACCUCCUCUUCAGCGCCAACCUGCGCCUGGACCCUCAAUGCCACUCGGCGUCAGAGAAGCGUAGCAGGGUGGUGGCCAUCAUAGAUGACCUGGGCCUGACUGACUGUGCAGACACCAAGAUAGGGACAGAGUUUCUGCGCGGGGUGUCGGGCGGCGAGAGGAAGCGCUGCAGCAUCGGGAUGGAACUCAUCACCUCUCCCUCUCUGCUCUUCCUGGACGAACCCACCACCGGGCUGGACUCCCACACGGCCAACUGCAUCAUCGGCCUGCUGCACAAACUAUCCAGGCGAGGCAAGACCGUCAUCUUCUCCAUCCACCAGCCGCGCUUCUCCAUCUUCCGCUGCUUCGACCACCUGACUCUCAUGCAUAAAGGGGAGGUGGUGUACGCGGGGGCGGCCGACCGAGCGCUCCAAUACUUUACAAACCUUGGUGCGGCGCGUGCCCACCUUGUCAUGAUGUUUGUUUGUUUCUCAGCAUCAACAUCAUGUUUUGUUUCAGGCUUCCAGAUGGAGUCCUUGGACAACCCUGCUGAUUUCUUCAUGGACGUCACCAAUGGCGAGGCUCAAUCCGCUUUGGAAGAAAUCAACACAGCUGAGUGUAAGAACAUCUUGGCGGUGCGGUACUAUCAGUCCCAGCUGUGUCGGGAUAUGCUGCACCAGCUGGACCGUAUCCACCGCAGCCUUGCUGAUGGCAUCACUGCUCUGCAAAAGACUGAUCGUUAUGCAACUUCGUUCCUCUACCAGAUGCGCGUGGUCUGCGGCAGGACGAUCCUGAACACGCUGAGGAAUCCGCAGACGUCCUAUGCCCAGCUGGCUCUCAACAUCUUCUUUGCCGUUUUGGUGGGACUCAUUUAUUACCAAAUGCCGCUCAGCCUGCCCGAAGCCUUGCAGAACAGGAGUGGCGCCUUCUUCUUCCUUAUCAUCAACAUGGUGUUUGGGAAUCUCUCCGCCGUGGAGCUCUUCAUCAACGAGAGAGCCAUUUUCCUCCAUGAGAACUCCAGCGGCUACUACCGCACGUCUGUCUACUUCCUCUCCAAGAUUGUUGCCGACCUCAUCCCCAACCGCAUCAUUCCCAUCUUUUUGUUUUCAGCCAUCGCCUACUACAUGAUGGGACUGAAGCCAGCCUUGGCUGCCUUCCUGUGCUUCGCUCUGACCAUGUCUCUGGUCAGCCUGGCGGGGGUCAGCUUGGCCUUCCUGGUGUCCGCUAGCGUGUCUUCCUUCGCCAUGGCCAACAUCCUCAUUGCUCUGCCCUUCGUUUUUAUGAUGGUGUUCGGCGGCUACCUGGUCAACCUCAACGCCAUGUUGAGCUGGCUCUCCUGGCUCAAGUGGAUCAGCAUCUUCAGAUAUGGACUGAACGCUGCGUUCAUCAACGAGAUGACGGGACAGGUCUUCUACUCCAACACCAGCAUCAUCCCGGGCGAGCUCUUCCUCCGCAGCCAGGACAUCGACUACUCCACCUGGGGUUUCUGGCAGAACCAGGUGGCCCUGCUGGGGAUCAUCCUGGUCUGCAUGUCCCUGGCCUACGUUCAGCUGCGGAGGAUCAACCGAUGGAAGUGAAGCACGCUCAUCCCGUCACCUGUUUACACUAUUUUUUAGCAUUUAUUUGACGGCACUCAACAGCGUGCGAGAACCCCACAGACCUCCACCAAGGCCACACUGGAGCGUAAUCCCUCCUUUAUAGCGGAAAAUUGUCUCCGGACCGUGAUAAGUCAAUAUCCGUCAAGUAGGAUUUCUUCAUUUAUACUUGGAAUAUUUUUGUAGUUAGAGCAUAGAAAACAUGUUUACCACCUUCUAAAUGUGGUUUCUAACACUAUUAGAGCCCUCUAGACAUGAAAUAACAUCCCUAUAGUCAACUUUAUGCUCAGAUUACCCAAUUUUGUAGAUGACAUAAGAGAAAAUACAACAUAUUAGGUAUACAAAACCUGUUUACCACCUUCUAAAUGUGGUUUCUAACACCAUUAGAGCCCUCUAGACAUGAAAUAACAUCCCUAUAGUCAACUUUACUCUUAGAUUACCCAAUAUUGUAGAUAACAUAAGAGAAAAUACAACAUAUUAAGUAUACAAAACCUGUUUACCACCUUCUACUUAGAGUCCCUGUCGUCCUCCUAUUACUUAAUGUAGUAGAAACAUACAACAAAAUAAGACAUAUUAAGCAUACAAAACCUGUUCACCACCUUCUAAUACUUGCAUGUUAGAUUAAUUGGAGACUAAAUUAUCCAUAGGUAUGAAUGUAAAUGUAAGCUGUUUUCCACCUGAACACAUGUGUUGAAACGUUCUGCUGCAAGGCGGAUAAUCUGCCACUAAGCACACCUGCUCCGUGCAUGUGGGAAGUGUGCAGCAACAUGAAAGCCGUGUAAGACCUAACAAAGCUUCUUAAGAUGAGGGAAUGUGGGCAAAGUGUGCUGCUACUCCUCAAGUGUAGUACUUGAUAGAUUGUUCAACACCUAUUGAUACCGUGCAGUAGGCUCCAGCAUACCCUCGCGGAUGGAUGGAUGGAUGAUACCAUGCAGAUGCAAAAAUAAUAUUGAAUACAAAUAACAUUGCAGUCUGAGCGGCUUUUUGCUGUGCUGGUGAUAUGGUGUGAUAUGGUGUUCCACUGACAUGCAGUACUGCUACUUUAAUAAAGCUGCCCAAAUAAAAUAAAAGAAAACACAAUAUAUACGAUACAGUAUACAGUUGGCCCUCAUUUACAGCGGAAAAACUGGUUAUGUCUUUCUAAAUACAGUUUUAACAUUAUUAGAGCCCUGGAAAUGUGAAAUAACACCCCUAUAUUCAUCUGUACUCUCUGAUUCUUCUUUGUUUACAACACGUAAACAAACAUCUUAUGCUGCAGGGACUCCGCAAACAUCCGCAAGCUAGUGAAUUAGGGAGCCAGCAAGCUAGCCUCAAAUUUAUUUCUUCUAAACGUAAGAACCCAAAAAAUUACCACUUCCACAUGGGAUAGGAGGAGGAGUUUUUUUCACUAUCAUGUGGAACACGCUGUGAAGUGUUAAGUAGUGAUCUGGGGAUCGAUACUGAAAUAUUGAUACUUCUGAUACCAGCUCCUCAUGCUCUGAAAUUGUCCGUAGAAACAUUGACCAACAAAGCCAUGUGUAAAUUGUGAAUAAUUAGUCAAUUAUUUUCAUGUUUUAAUUAGGUGAAUUUAAGUAUCGGUAUCAUCGAUACCAGCCUGAAUUGUACUCGGAAGCUGAAUCAAUGGUAUCCCACACUAUGUUUUGAUAAAUAAUAGACCAACCAUAGUCUACCACAGUCAUUAUUUAUAAAACCGCCAUCUUGUGAGGUAGCGAUAUCUACAAUGAGGUGAACAUGAUGAUGUUGUUGGAAAAAUAAAUCAAUAUAUCAAUGCCAUUUACAAUGGUUUUAGUGUAAAACUAUAAAAAAGGUGCUUUGGGUUAAUAUUUUGGAGUCAUCUGCUGAUGACAUCAAACCAUUUUAUUUGGCUAACUAAUAGGCUAGCUAAUAAGAUGCUAACCAGCAAUUUUAAAAACCAAACAUACAAACAGAGUUGGACUCUUGUAUUACCAACACGAUAAGACGUGCAUCAUAGUAUACGUUAACCGAGGCAUACAUUUUUGAUGCUAACCGAGGUUCCAGUCUGCUUGACUUUGACUUUAUAUUUCAUAUCCUGAAAGCACAUCAUCUUUUGUUUAAGGGAAUAUCAAAAGAUCUGUGAGGACAAGCAGUCUGUGCACAUUGUGUGUUGUUUUAAGAUGUCACACUGCCAUCUACUGGCCUGGCAAGCGUACUACACUGUUUUUAUGUAAAAUGUGAAAAAAUGCAAAGAAAAAAAUAUUUUUGUUGUGUAAAAGUAGUCAACAAUAUCUCCAUUUCACCUUUAGAAGCUUUUCGUGCUGCUAGCGCUCUUUUUGAGCGCAAACGACACAGGCGUGUUUUCUAGUCCCCGCAGCCACUCCGUGCACUUAAGCACCACGCGCUCGUCCACGCCAUCUUGCUCGUCUUCGUACUCCACAUCGUCGUACUUGUGCCGUUCGUUGAGCAGCGACACCUUCACCAUGGCACUCACGUCAGUCCGGGCAGCCACUCGGCCUGCGGGGGCGCUGUGGCGCAGAGUGGAGGCCGGGUGCCUCCUGGAGAGCGGGUCCCUCCUGCGUCUGGAGUCUGGGACGUUGAUGGAAACGGUUGUGUUGUUGGCGACGUUCCUGGUGGCCGAACGUCUCUCGCUGUUUCUCCGCUGAAGCAGCAGCACGGCCUCGGGCGUGAGUGUUAGCGUGAAGCGGGUCUCUUCUGGGUGACUUUUAGUUCUGGUUCUCAGCUCAGGUUCACUCUUUGUUGAGUUGGUGUGUUUCCGCUGCUGGGCCUUCAUCAGGGACGCCCCCGUGCUGGAGGCGGGGCUGAUCUCUGGGAAUCCCUUCUUUUUUGGGUGCAGCUCCGGCCCUGGAAGUACUCUUGUGGUGGGCAGGUGACUCCUGGGUGGGCUCUUCUUGCUCAGCUGCUUGAGGUUCAAAGCCAGGCGUUCUUUCACUGAGCUGCCUUUGUCUUCUUUCGCCAUCUUUGUCUUGUCAGUUCCGUCCACAGCUUUAUCCUUCCCGGUCAAUCCCGACACGGAGCGAGGCAGCGACACAGGUGGUAUGAAGGGCAUUUUAGAAACGCACAGGACGAGGUAGGCCAGGAGCUCGGUCUUCCGCUGGAACUUCAAGAAGGAAAAGGGCACCAGUGAGGGAAAGCAUCUAGUGAAGAAGGUGAGGUACCUCGGAGCAUGUUGGGCCAUGCAGGGCUCGCUCGGUGCCGGGAGCCUCAUAUACUGGACAGGCUGACACCCAGAGGUGGCCUUAUACCUGGUCAGGAGGGGAGGGGAGGGGACGAGGCACCAGGCGGCCUCACAUGCUAAUGACUGUGAGGCUCAGCCGUCUAAAAUAGACAUGAACGUCUAAUCCUCUGGUGUCACCUUUACCGACACACACCACCAGCUGGGUCCAAAGGGUGGCAACUUGAUUUUUCUAUUCUCAAAAUAAAAUAGAAUUCAUUAUGAAGCAAAAUUAUGAAAAUGUUGACAUCACAAAUGAUGUGGAAGAAUGAUUUGGAUGUGAUGAUUGUGACUGGGGUUCACAUUACAUGCUUUUUUAUCUUUUUAGUCCUAUUUUAUGCUCUUAGUCUUUAGCUUUUAACUCCAGUGUUUCC